UGUGCACAGAAACAAACAUUCUCCUGUUCCUCGCAAAGAUAACAUUACAGCAAAGAGUCUACCUUUGUAGAGAAAUAAAAGGAAAAGACAAGCAUUCAGAAAUGGCGUCCUCUAGCAGUCUCCUGUCUGAAGAUCAGUUCCAGUGCUCUAUCUGUCUGGAUGUGUUCACUGAGCCAGUCUCCACUCCAUGUGGACACAACUUCUGCAUGGCCUGUAUCAGUGGAUACUGGGAUACCACUGACCUGUGCCAGUGUCCAAUGUGUAAACAAAUAUUCCACCUAAGACCAGAGCUAAAAACCAACACAGCAUUCAGAGAUGUUGUAGAGCAUUUUAAGACGAUCAGAAUCAGAGACACAGACACAGAUGAGUCCCCUGCCGAGGCUGGAGAAGUGUCCUGUGACGUCUGCACUGGGACAAAGCUCAAGGCCCUGAAGUCCUGCCUGGAGUGUCUGACUUCUUUCUGUGAGACUCACCUGCAACCUCAUCAGAGAGUCACAGGCCUGAAGAGACACAAGCUGAUCAACCCUGUGGAGAACCUGGAAGACAGGAUGUGUAAGAAGCAUGACAGACUGCUGGAGCUGUUCUGCAGGACCGACCAGACGUGUGUGUGUCAGUUCUGCAAUGAGACAGACCACAAGACUCACCACACCGUCCCUCUAGUGUUAGAGUGUGGAGAGAGGAAGGCUCAGCUGGGGAAGAUGGAGCGACAGAUACGGCAGAUGAUCCAAGAGCGACUAGAGAAGGUUCAGGAGGUCAAACAUUCAGUAGAGCUCAACAAGAAAGACGCAGAGAGAGAAAUAGCAGACAGCCUGCAGGUCUUCACUGCUCUGGUGCACUCCGUUCAGAGAAGCCAGGCUGAUUUCAUUGAGGUGGUUGAGGAGAAGCAGAAAGCAGCAGAGAAUCGUGCUGAUGGGCUCAUUAAACAGCUGGAGCAGGAAAUUACAGAGCUACAGAGGAGAAGCACUGAGCUGAAGCAGGUCUCACACACUGAGGACCACCUCCUCCUCCUCCAGACCUUGCCAUCCCUGUGUACCCCCAAACACACAAAGGACUGGUCUGAGGUCAGUGUUCACAGUGAUACGUGUUUGGGGGGACUGAGGAGAGCUGUGUCUCAGCUGGAGCAGACUCUUCAUGAAGAACUAGAGAGAGAAGUGAGGAAGUUGUGUGAUGUUGAGCUGAAGACAAUUCAGCAGUGGUCAGUGGAUGUGACUCUGGACCCUGAUACAGCACAUCCAUUCCUCAUCUUGUCUAUGGACCGGAAACAAGUGAGAUUUGGAGCCACAUGGCAGAAACUCCAUGACAAGAUAAAUAAAUUAUAUCACCCAGAGAGGUUUUUGAAUAUGUUCUCUGUCCUGGGAAAAGAGGGUUUCUCCUCAGGGAGAUUCUACUAUGAGGUGCAGGUGAAGGGAAAACCUGAGUGGCUUUUAGGAGUGGCCAGGGAGUCCAUCAACAGGAAGGAUGACAUAAAUAUGAGCCCUGUCGAUGGCUUCUGGUCUGUGUAUAUGAGGGGUGAGAAUAUCUAUGAGGCCUACGCCUCUCCCCAUGUUCCCCUCUCCCUGAGAGAGAAGCCCCAGAAGGUGGGGGUGUUUGUGGAUUAUGAGGAGGGUCUGGUCUCCUUCUAUAAUGUGGAGGCCAGGUCUCAUAUCUAUUCUUUCACUGGCUGCACCUUCACUGAGAAACUAUUUCCAUGUUUCAACACCUGUGAUGAGGAACUUGGUCCAAACUCAGCCCCAUUCGUCAUCUGUCCUGUCAAUCACACAGACUGAAUGUAAUGUUGUAAUUUAGCACAUGCUAUUAUCUGCAAUUAGUAUGGAGAUGUAAUCCUAUGGCGCAUUGAUGAGAAUAAAUAACAUUUGAAGUAAUAUGGUGUUGUUUAUGUGUAUGGUCUAUAGAUCAUGGGGAUGUACUGGGUUAAAAUAUUACUAUAGAACUAUAAUGUGGAGGCCAGGUCUUAUAUCUACUAUUUUACUGGCUACACCUUCUCUGAGAAACUUUAUCCGUACUUCAAUCCCUGUGAUAAUUAUGACGGUACAAUGACAGCCCCAUUGGUCAUCACUCCUGUCAAUCAUAGACUAAGUAAUAGUAGUUUUGUUGUAAAUAUUGGUCACCCUAUUAUCUGCAAUUCAUAUGUAGAUGUCAUUCUAUCAUGCAAUGAUGAGCGUGAAUAACAUUGGAAGUCAUAUGGUGUUGGUUAUAUGGUGUGUGAGAUGAUCCAGUUAAAUAUGGUUGGAAUAUGUUUCUGUACUGAAUAUGUUUGUUGUUUGUGGCUUACUGCCAGACAACCAAAAUAUUUCAAUAAAUCCACUAAAUCACUGACCUUCUCUUUCUCUGGUGAAGAUCACAGCUGACAGUAAUGGACUGUAUAAAACAGAACUAAAAAACAGGUAGCCUAGCGCUUAAGAGCAUUGGGCCAGGAACCGAAAGGUUGCUGGUUCGAA